AUCAGAUCAUCAUAUCAUACCUAUAAAUUCCGGCCACUAAUACUAUCCUAAUCCCACUAUAACUUCGAUCAAUCCCCCAUGCCGUAAAGAAAAAAAAAAGAAAUAAAGAGAGAUCACUCAGAUCAGAGAGGAGUAACACAUAUAUUAAGUAACCCAUCAUCGACCCCAACCCAUCCAAAAUCCCUAGCUGAGGAGACGUACUUAGUUAUAUAUUCUUGAUAUAUAUAGACCAUCAUUAUUAUUUUUAAUUUAAUUAAUAUACGAGUUGCUGAUCGGGCGAGCUGAGUACUAUAUAUAUAUUAUUAUUAGAAUCAAUCGAUCACAUGGCCGGAUGUUGAUGAUUAAGAGUCCGCCGGUUUAAUUAGACCAUAAAUAUCCAUCUUUGGUUGUUAAUAUUAAUUAUAAUAAUUGUUAUAUAUGUACGUAUAGGAGGAUACACACUAUGCUAUAUAUACUAUAAGAGAUCGAUCUAUAUAUCGUAUAUAUAGUUAUUACGUACGUAACGUACUAGCUCCAUCAUAUCCAGGCAGUAAUUUAUUAGUUUGCAGCUAGAGACCGACGACGACGUACGUAUAUAGCCGCAGGUUAGGUUUCAUCUUAGAAAAGCACUAGCUACAUACGUACGGAUGGCGGCGGCGGCGGCGGACCGGAUUACGUUGGAAGAUAUCAAGAACGAGAAUGUCGAUCUUGAACGUAUACCAGUGGAGGAGGUAUAUCAGCAUCUGCGUUGUACCAAAGACGGGUUAUCAACAGAGGAAGCUGAACAUAGGCUUCAAGUCUUCGGGCCAAACAAGCUUGAAGAGAAAGAGGCAUGCAACUAUAUAUGAUCUAUACACACACAUUCCCCAUUUUUCUUCAUAUUGUCUAGUUUAAUGGGGUGCUAAGUUUCAAUCGGCAUUCUUACAAAUGACAAACAGGAAAGCAAGCUGCUGAAGUUUUUGGGGUUCAUGUGGAACCCGCUGUCGUGGGUGAUGGAAAUGGCUGCUCUCAUUGCGAUUGGCCUGGCGAAUGGAGGGGUAUACUACUUGUUUAGUACUGUAUUUAUUAUUCAAAUGAGAACUUGAAUAAUUUGUUGAUCUGCCCUCUUUAGAAUUGCUUCUUAUUAAGUAUGAUGAAUGGGUUGUAUGUUUUCAGGGGAAGCCACCAGAUUGGCAAGACUUCAUAGGAAUAGUGGUUUUACUGAUCAUCAACUCCACUGUCAGCUUCAUCGAAGAAAACAAUGCUGGCAAUGCUGCUGCUGCUCUCAUGGCUGGUCUUGCCCCCAAAACCAAGGUAUUGAGAGAUGGGAAGUGGUGUGAACAAGAUGCAGCCAUUCUGGUUCCAGGAGACGUGAUAAGCAUCAAGUUGGGAGAUAUUGUCCCGGCGGAUGCCCGUCUUCUUGAAGGGGACCCUCUCAAGAUUGACCAAUCCGCGCUCACCGGUGAAUCCCUGCCCGUCACCAGAAACCCAGGAGAUGAGGUCUUUUCCGGCUCCACCUGUAAACAGGGCGAGAUCGAGGCGGUGGUUAUUGCCACCGGCCUCCACACCUUCUUCGGCAAAGCCGCUCAUCUCGUCGACAGUACCAACCAAGUUGGUCACUUCCAGAAGGUCCUGACCUCCAUUGGUAACUUCUGCAUCUGCACCAUCGCUUUGGGGAUCGUCGUCGAGAUCGUGGUGAUGUUCCCCAUCCAGCACCGGAGGUACAGGGACGGAAUCGACAAUCUGCUGGUUCUCCUCAUCGGAGGUAUCCCAAUAGCCAUGCCGACCGUUCUGUCAGUGACCAUGGCAAUUGGGUCCCACCGCCUCUCCCAGCAAGGCGCCAUCACCAAGCGGAUGACCGCAAUCGAAGAAAUGGCGGGAAUGGAUGUUCUCUGCAGUGACAAAACCGGAACCCUGACCCUCAACAAACUCACGGUUGAUAAAAAUCUAGUGGAGGUUUUUGCCAAGGAUAUGGACAAAGAAACCUUGGUGCUUCAGGCGGCCAGGGCUUCAAGGGUGGAGAAUCAGGACGCCAUUGAUGCUUGCAUCGUUGGCAUGCUAGCUGAUCCUAAGGAGGCUAGGGCUGGGAUUGAGGAGGUUCAUUUCCUUCCUUUUAAUCCCGUGGAGAAGCGCACAGCAAUCACUUUCGUAGACUCCAAAGGGAAUUGGCAAAGGGUCAGUAAAGGUGCACCGGAGCAGAUUGUGGAACUUUGUGAGCUGAAAGGUGAUGUAAAGAACAAAGCUCAUAGCAUUAUUGACAAGUUUGCUGAACGUGGUCUUCGCUCUCUUGCUGUCUGUCAACAGACGGUACCAGAAAAGACUAAGGAAGGAAAAGGAGGACCCUGGAUCUUUGUUGGUCUAUUACCUCUAUUUGAUCCGCCAAGACAUGACAGCGGAGAGACAAUCAAACGCGCCCUAGACCUCGGUGUGAACGUUAAGAUGAUUACAGGUGAUCAGCUAGCUAUUGCUAAGGAGACUGGUCGACGACUAGGCAUGGGGACCAACAUGUACCCUUCUUCCUCUCUUCUUGGGCAACACAAGGAUGCCAGCAUAGCCACCCUCCCCGUUGAAGAGCUCAUUGAGAAGGCUGAUGGCUUUGCUGGAGUUUUUCCAGAGCACAAAUAUGAGAUUGUGAAAAAGCUACAAGAGAGAAAGCACAUAUGUGGGAUGACAGGAGAUGGUGUGAACGAUGCUCCAGCUUUGAAGAAAGCAGAUAUAGGCAUUGCAGUGGCAGAUGCAACAGAUGCCGCACGGAGUGCCUCUGACAUUGUCCUCACAGAGCCUGGCCUAAGUGUCAUUAUUAGUGCAGUCUUAACUAGUAGGGCAAUUUUCCAGAGGAUGAAAAAUUACACGAUUUAUGCAGUUUCCAUAACUGUCCGUAUCGUCCUGGGUUUCAUGCUCAUUGCCCUCAUAUGGGAAUUUGACUUCUCUCCUUUUAUGGUCCUCAUCAUUGCCAUUCUCAAUGAUGGAACCAUCAUGACGAUCUCAAAAGACAAAGUGAAGCCGUCCCCAAUGCCUGACUCUUGGAAACUUAGAGAGAUUUUCACCACUGGUAUCGUUCUUGGCACAUACUUGGCAGUCAUGACAGUAAUCUUCUUCUGGGCUGCUCACCAGUCAGAUUUCUUCACAGAGAACUUUCAUGUAAGAUCGAUCAGGGAUAGUUACCCUGAGCUAAAUUCAGCUCUAUAUCUUCAAGUGAGCAUUGUGAGCCAAGCACUUAUCUUUGUCACUCGGUCAAGAAGUUGGUCUUAUGUAGAACGCCCCGGUCUAUUGCUAGUGGCUGCUUUUCUAGUAGCACAACUGAUUGCUACUUUGAUUGCCGUAUAUGCAAACUGGGGAUUUGCUAAUAUCCAUGGCAUUGGCUGGGGGUGGGCUGGUGUGAUCUGGAUCUACAGCAUUAUUUUCUACAUCCCGCUAGAUAUAUUGAAGUUCAUCAUUAGAUAUGGACAGACAGGCAAGGCUUGGGACAAUUUGCUCAACAGAAAGACUGCUUUCACAAAUAAGAAGGAUUAUGGGAGAGGAGAAAGGGAAGCGCAGUGGGCCAUGGACCAGCGCACAUUGCAUGGACUUCAGUCAUCAGAUGCUUCUCAGAUUUACAGUGACAAAAACCAUACAGAACUGUCUGGGAUUGCAGAACAAGCCAAAAGACGUGCUGAAGUUGCAAGGUUGAGAGAGCUUCAUACAUUGAAGGGGCAUGUUGAAUCGGUGGUGAAGCUCAAGGGUCUUGACAUUGAAACAAUCCAGCAACACUACACUGUUUGAGGAUGGAUGGAGAUUCGAGGAUAUCAAGUGGGAAGCCCAUUUUUUCCAUCCACUAUUUUUGACACAUUCUUUAUCCACAGCUGAUAAUGACGAAGGGGGUUGACAAUAAAAUCCAACAGAGAAUGUUGGCACUGGGUUUUUUAAUAGAAUUUAGAGAGUAGGUUGUAGAAGAUUCAUUAAAAAACUCAUGUCUAGGAUUCUGUCAAACAAUAAUCUUUUAUUCCCUGCUAAUAAAUGGAUUCCCUUGAUCAAA